UCAAGUGUCAAAACUCAGUAAAGUGGAAUGAUUAUUGUAUUUGUUGUGUUCAGUGAUUUUAUUUUUAUAGCUUUCGGCUUAUGUUAAAUUGUUAAACAAUAUCACAACUUGAUAAUACUCUGCUAGCCUAAACCUACUUGCCUUACAAACUGAAAUAAUGGCUGAUUUAGAAAGCGAAAAUAAAACAUUGGACGACGCAAAAAAUGUACAAAUUCUAGCACAGGGUUUGACGGAGCUGUAUGAACCUCCGUUAGCAUCUAUACAUAGCCAUUUAAAAGAAUUAACAGAAAAACAAGAGGCUGUAAGUGAAAUACUGUCAGCUGAGAGACGUAAACUAAAUGACCUGCAAAGUGAUGCCAUGCUAGAUGCUUUAUUGGCAGACAUAGCUACAAUCAAAGAGAGAUUAACAACCAUCUCCAAUUCUAUGAUGGGUCUACAUAAAAGGGUGCAAUCUUUACAGACCCGAGCAGCCAACAUAGAAAAGGUGGCAUUGAAUAAAGCAAGCAAUAAAAAUUAAACUUUCCAUAAUACAUUCCUCAU